AUGAAUGAAAACAGCGGACUCUACACUGGAGAUGGUUCAGUGGACAUUAAGGGAAACCCUGUUUUGAAGAGUAACACUGGAAAUUGGAAAGUGUGUCCCUUCAUUCUUGGUACUGAAUGUUGUGAACGUUUAGCUUACUACGGGAUUGCUACCAAUCUUGUUAGUUAUCUCACCAAAAAAUUACACGAAGGAAAUGUCUCCGCUGCAAGAAAUGUUACCACUUGGCAGGGAACUUGCUACCUAACUCCCCUGAUUGGAGCUGUCUUGGCUGAUGCUUAUUGGGGAAGAUAUUGGACAAUCGCUGCCUUCUCCACUAUUUAUUUCAUAGGAAUGUGCACAUUGACUUUAUCAGCAUCAAUUCCUGCUUUCGAGCCUGCUGAAUGUGUGGAUGCUCUAUGCCCUUCAGCUGGUCCCGCUCAAUAUGCGAUAUUUUUCUUUGGGCUGUAUCUGAUUGCACUGGGAACUGGUGGGAUCAAGCCAUGCGUUUCGUCCUUUGGGGCAGAUCAGUUUGAUGAUACCGAUCCUAAAGAGAGAGUCAAGAAGGGAUCUUUCUUCAAUUGGUUUUAUUUUUCUAUCAACAUCGGUGCACUUUUAUCCAGUAGUUUGAUUGUAUGGAUUCAGGACAAUAAGGGAUGGGGCCUAGGGUUUGGUAUUCCUGCAUUGUUUAUGGGUGUUGCUAUUGUGAGUUUCUUUUCAGGCACACCUCUGUACAGAUUUCAGAAACCGGGUGGCAGUCCCAUUACAAGAAUGUGCCAGGUUGUGGUUGCAUCCUGCCGCAAGUGGAAUUUGGUGGUCCCCAGUGACAGUAGCCUUCUCUAUGAAACACCAGACAAAAUCUCAGCCAUUGAAGGAAGUCGGAAACUGGUGCAUACUGAUGAACUGAAGUAAGUUUGUUGUGUUUAAAUACUCAUCAAGAAAUCUGCGCAUAUAUGGAUAUAAUCAUUUGAUCUUAUCUAAGAAGCACGUAUGCUCUUACGAAGGUGAUGUAUCCGUGUCUCGAGUAUGACACUUUCUUGAACACGUGUAUGAUGCUCUUUUAUGUGUCUCCGUAAUUAAGAGAGAAACUUUUAUUUUGGACACAUGUCUAACACCGGCGGCUUGUCUGACACAUAUUCAAGUUGUGUCGACUACCAAGAUAUUAACAUGUGCUCAAAUAUUAUGAAAAAAGCUUAAGAGUUUAGAGUUUAGCAAAAUAUUAGCUUUUGUUGAAAAGUAAUUAACAAGGCUUAGAAAAUUCACAAAUGGCUAUCUUGUAUUAUGAAAGAAUAUAUAAUUGUUAAGACUCUUCAUGUUAAAGCUGUAGUUAAAAUUUAGUAAUGACAACAAAAGGUGCAUAACAUUUUUUCCUAUGGAAGAGGAAUUAAGAAGAUGCAAGCAUCCAUUACAAUUAUGUAUGUUUGCUAAAGAUUGUCUAUUAAGAAAUUGAUGAUUGUGAGUAUUAGGAUCCUUUUGUCUAAAAAUCCACAUUUGUUGAGACAUAACAUUUACUUGUCAUAAAACACUUAAUUCAUUUUAAUGAUAAAUCAUAUAAUAUCCUAUUCAAAACAUAAGAUUUUGUAAUGUGUCCCUCACGUAUCCGUAUCGUACUUUUUUGAGAAAUGUGUUGUCAAAGUGUCCGUAAAAUGCCG